AUGCACAAAAUGUUUCUGAGUUUCUUCUACAAGUACGGCCGAGCUCACAAGUUAUGUUUGGGUAGGUCACCCGCAAUCGUGGUCUCCGAUCCUGAAAUGAUCAGGGAAAUCUUGGUGAAGGAGUUUUCGAGUUUUCCAAAUCGGCUUGGCUUCACACCUAGGCCCCCCCUCGACUCUGGCUUGUUCGUCUCGCGCGGAGAAUCGUGGAAACGUGUGAGGACGACUCUUACCCCAACGUUUACCGCGUCCAAGUUAAAGCAGAUCGUGCCCAUCAUCGAGGAAAAGUCCGAUCUGCUGUUGAAUAAGAUGCAAAGAUUUUCAGAGACAGGUAGGUCUUUCGCGUGACAUGGAACCUCAGUACAGUCGACUGGUCGACUGUCGUGUUGAUUUUUACCACUAUAUAUUUUUUUAAAAUUAAUAUAGGCAAACAAUAUUAUCAACAUAAUUUUACAUUAUUUUUAUUUUAGAAAAAGUGAGUAUAGAUUGUUGAACGUAGCUCGUCAAACUUUAACUAAAGGUCGAGGUUACGUAAUGCCUACAUGUUAUGGGUUGCGUGACAAAUACGUUUUGCAUGGAACGGUUUCGCGUGGCUCGAUUCAACCUGACAGUUGUCGUCUACCGUUGACUGUCUCGCUGUUUUGCACAAAAACGAUACGUUAGAAAAAAUACGCUUUAUGGUAAAUUUAAGGCAACGAAAAAUGUUUCAAAUCAUGAUCUGUGUUCGUACUUCGCCAAUCUACUUACUCAGAGGUUACGUAAUAGCUACUGGGUUCCUGCCCGGGGGGGGGGGUACUCCCAUACAUUACCUAUACGGGUAUGUGCCGCCCAACGGGGUCGUGAUUUUGAAGCCCCUGAUUUAGAACGGGGUAUCCAUUUCAGACGCGUUUUCUAGAACGGGGUAUGAAAAAUUGUGGAUCACGGCUUUAUCUUCUGCUUAAAAUUGUUGCUGAUUAUGAAGAAGCAUUUAUUUGAUGUAUAGGUCGAACAAAUAAAGAAAUAUCUUUCUAAAAAAACAGGACUAUUUCAAUUUACAAACUUUCUAGAACGGAGUAUAAAAAAUUGGCCCAUUUCUAGAACGGGGUAUUAGUUUUAGGGCGAAUUCUAGAACGGGGUAUAAAAAAUUGGCCCAUUUCUAGAACGGGGUAUCAAUUUUAGGGGAAAUUUUUUUUUACAACGGGGUGCCAAUUUGGAGUCCUGGGCGGCACAUACCCACCCAAAAAAUACCCAAGUGCCCCCCCCCCCUCGGGUUACGUGUAGCCUGUUCACAGACUCUCUAUUUUCUCUUCAAAGUCCGUCGAGCGCGGGUGAUAUAAACCGCAGGGGAAUUAUUGACUGUCAGCGCAAGAGGGUACUGGUGGUGGAAUUUACGCGCUCUGCGCUCGUUCUCGCGCUUGCAUCGCGCGCAAGCUCGCCCAAGCUCGCCAAUGUUUUCGAAAAGAACGAAAAGAAAAAUAAAACAACGUCUGUGUACACAGGCUAGGUUGCGUGAUAAUUCACGUCAAAUUAACCACUCUUUGAAAUGUCAGCAAUGAAUAAACAUUUAAAAAAUAUAUUUUAAGUAAACUUUUAAAUUUCACGUUCAAGCAAAAAUAGCGUUUAUGUUAAUCUCUUUUAUGUAACGUUACGUAAAAAGCUGGUAACGUUCGAGGAUUUAAUUUUAAGCUUCAGCAACUUUCCCCGGGGCGUUAAAAGCCAGUAACUUCAGACAGCAAUUUUAAUUCAAUAACGGCGAUUACCUAAUUAGAAUUGAUCAAUUAACUGCGCAGAAGAGAGUUUUUUUGUUGUUAGUUUUUUUUUACUUGCCCGCUCCGCGCUAUUGCCUCGAGCGCUUUGUCGUUGAUUUCUCAACAUAGAAUCAGAAACUAUUGAACAGUAAUAUUUGCUUCAUUUAGGUGAAAGCGUGGAUGUUGUCCAAAUCUUCAGCUUGUUUGCGUUGGACGUCAUCAUGAAAGCCGCCUUCGGAAUUGAGAGCAACGUCCAGGUGAAGCCAGAUCCAGUUUUUGUCGAGAAGGCUAGACGUGUCUUUCAGUCACCUCUCUGGACUCGAUUUUUUUCCGUCCUUCCCUUCUGGGAAUACUUCAGCAAGUACUACAGCCCCCUACAGAACGUUGACUACUUCAUAGGCAUUCAAAAACAAGUCCUCGAACAAAGACAGAAGCAGGGAUUUACCGGCACUAGAGACCUUGUCCAGUUAAUGUUGGAGGCGCAUGAAGAGACUGAUGUCGAUGGAGUUAGCAAACUUAGCGAUGAUGAGGUCACCGCCCAGUCUGUGACUUUCCUUUUUGCUGGCUUCGAAACCACCGGUAAUAAAUACAAUUUUGCUACAAUGAGGGACAAAAGUGUUGAGACACUUCAAAGUGGACAUGCCUAUCCCCUCCCCCUGUCUACCCACACUCCUCCCCCAAAAAUCAAUGUUGUAUUUUAGACCCUCAGGUCUUUCUUUUUCGACUUCAAACAACAUUGAUUCAGGGGUGCGGGGAUUUACGGCGUUUAAAUAGAAUGAAAUGAUAAAUAAAUGAAAUUGUUGAUAAAAAAGCACCCGGUUUAGACAAGUGAGUCAACUACUUUUGUGCCUGAUUGUAGCCACGAAUUUAGAGGCAGUGCACUCUUCAAAAUUUUCGAUAUUUGAGGAGCCUAUGAUUAAAGAUGACCAAUAAUAUCAUGUGCAUAAGUGGUCCAAGGGAGGCCUUAGAUCCCGAGGGGGGGGGGGUACUCCCUUACAAGAGGCUAAUGGGGAUGUGCCGCUGGAUGGGGUCGCAUUUUCACGUUUGGAGUGACUAUAAUGGGGUCGCAUUUUCAAUAGAUUUACUAGAAUGGGGUCGCAAAUUUUUUGGAUUUUUUGAGUAAGUAGGAGAUUCAAAAUGGGAAGAUUCUCGGUUAAAAAAUCAGAAACUUGUUGUUUAUUAAAAACAGUAAGCUCGCAUUGACCGAAUUACAUUCCGAUGCUUGAAACCACGUUGAUAAGGUAGAUGCAUAAAUAGAAAGUUGGGAUCGCGACCAAGAUAGUGUCUAAAAUUGGCCAAAAAAUAGACUAUAAUGGGGUAGGGGCUCUGAGAGGCCAGCGGCACAUACCCAGCAAACACAAACCCAAGUACCCCCUCCCCCCCGGGUUUACAGGCUACUCUACAUCGAUGUGAUAGGUGAUGGUCUUGACUAUGCUUUUAGGUACCACCCUAACUAUGACCGCCUAUCACUUGGCCACUCACCCAGAGAUUCAAGAUCGACUUAUCAAAGAGAUUGACGAAAUAAUGGAUUCACGUGGGGACAGGUCCCUUUAUGACGUGGUGCAGCAUGCCAAGUACUUAGAUCAAGUCAUCUCAGAGGUCCUUCGCAUCAGUGGCCCUGCGUUCUUCCUUAAUCGACAAUGUACCGAAGACACAACCAUAAAAGGAGUGAAGUUUCCUAAGGGUGUUGACGUUGCUAUACCCACGUACGUUUUGCAUCGAGACCCGGAGGUCUGGGAAAACCCCGAGGAGUUCAACCCCGACAAUUUUUCGCCAGAGGCAAAGCAAAACCGAAGCCCGUACUCUUACCUCCCGUUUGGAGCUGGCCCCCGUCAAUGCAUGGGAAUGCGCCUUGCCUUGUUGGAAAUAAAGCAAGGGUUAUUCAAGAUCUUGCAGCGAUUCAAGUUUGAACGGGCUCCCGAAACCGUCACCACACUGGAGCAUAGCGCUGUGUUAAUUUUGACUUCCAAGAAGACUAUCUACGUCAAGAUAAAAGCACGCUAAGAACGAUGCAGCCAUUUGACGCAUGGCCACAUAAAGCAUAUGCUAAUAGUGGCUUUUAGGGUUUCAUAUAUGCUCAACAUAUAUUAUUUCUACACUCACAUAACUUUGGUCUUGUAGCUAACG